GCAAAUAGUGUUGUUAGAUAUGCCACGAAGGAAUAAAGGUGAUAACCAUGUACGCAAGCAUGUCACAACAGCUUGCACCCCGUGUCGAAAGACGAAAUGCGAUGGUAACAUACCGGCUUGCAGAAAUUGUCAGAGCAAAGGAAAAGAUUGCACUUAUCGACAGCGCAAUGACAAACGAACAAUACCCCUCCGGAUUGCAGUAAACCUGCUCGCAAAACGAGUGGGCGAUUUGUCCCAAUAUAUCCGGGAGCAUGGUCUGGAGAUUCCCGCUAUGAGCGGGGAAGACGAGCAGAAUCUCAAAAACAUUCUUCAGGCCCUCGGAUUCGAUCACAGGGACACCCGAUCGGGGACCGCGACUCACGCCAAUACGCCACCAGAUCUGAUUGCAUCGGGGCGCGAUUCAGGCAAUGUACAGCAAGGUAACGCGACAAGUGAUGAUCUCCCAGGUGCCGAUGCUGAUGAGGAAUUUACAAAUCAACUCUCUUGGCGCCUGGGCCGACUCCAAUUGACUCAAGAUGGGCAGUUACGAUACUUCGGUUCAACAUCUAAUCUCACCCUCUUGGAUGGCCUAGUCAGUGUGAACAGUUCUACUUCAAAUAGCGCACAGAAAGAUACACAAGAGGUCUUAGAGAACGCGGAUCUCAAUAUUGCCGUUGACGAAACUCUGGAACAUCAUCUGCUUGAGCUCUAUUUUGCGUGGCAGAACCCCUCCUUGUAUCUCGUCGACUAUGAGGUAUUCUGGAAAACGGGACAACAAAACAACCACGACGGUUUAGUUUCUGCGUAUAGCUCGCGGGCCCUACUUAUGUGCCCAAAUAUCACCCUGAACUUUGUUACCUUCCCCCGAUCAUUAUCAGAGUUCUUCGGUGAAAGGGCCAGAACCUUGUUAGAGUGGGAACUCGAAAAACCUUCGCUAUCAACCGUUCAAACGCUAGUGAUUCUUAGCAACCACGAAGCGUCCCGCACAAGGGAUACUCGAGGAUGGCUAUAUAGUGGGAUGGCCAUGCGACUUGCUUUUGACCUUGGCCUUCAUCUCGAUAUGACACCCUACCUUGAGAGUGGUAUCAUCUCGGCUGAGGAAUGCAAGCUCCGACGUACUAUAUUUUGGGCUGCAUACCUUAACGAACAGUAUGUUUUGGGGUAUUACCUGGGCCGCCCUCUUCGUAGCCCGACAGCAGGGGUCACGGUUCAAAAGCCCCACUGGGAUAGCUCUCAAUCAUCGGCGGAAUGGAAGCCUUACGGCUGCCUGCAAACUGAAAUAGGAAGCAUCUAUAAUCCCCUGCAGACAAUAUGCCAUUUGUGGGUGACUCUAUAUGACCUCAUGAUGCCUCUUACAGACGUCUUGUAUGGCUGUUUCGAGGUUUCGAAGCAUGCCCUUCAAGAACUAACCGCAGCCACCGUUGGACGACUGUACGAAUGGAAGAAGAACCUCCCGGAAGGUCUUGAUGUUGACUUAACCGAAGAAUGUCAGCAGUACUUACCGCAUGUUCUCACCCUGUGCUCACAUGGAUCAAGUAUGCAAUACCACCAGUUCAUGAUCCACUGCCAUCGUCCUUACAUAUCAGAGCACUAUAUCCAGCCUCAACCACCACAAGGGCCUGGUUCUUCCCAUGCGCGAAAGAUGUGCAUUGAGUCUGCUGUUGCCAUUGUCAAAGCUUUGAUAAUUUACGAAAGGCUCUACGGUUUUAGAAAAGCAAAUGUGCAGAUGGUUUCCUUUACUUUUUCUGCAGCACUGAUCCUGAUUUUCACUACCAUCCCGUCUCAAGCCAGAAAGCCCGACAAAGAGCAUACUAGUUACCUCGGUACAUGCUUCUGGGCUCUGGAUGAAAUGGGUUGCUGCUUUGAAAAUGCCAAAUGGACGAGCACUUUCUUGAGUACACUUCAGCAGCAGUGGCAUAAGCGCAGACGGGCUGUAACUGAAAAAGGUGUCAAAGGAGCUUCUGAGCGCCACCUGCAUGGUAACGCCGGUCCAACACCUCAUGGGACUCGACCAAAUGCCCAAGAAUGUUCUGAGUAUGAUCACUUUCGAUCGUCAAGGGAGGCUGCUGGAUCCAUUGACCUGAACCUGCCGGGUGACUAUUGGACGCAAGGCUAUGCUUCAGUUAGCGAAGGCUUGGAUGUGGUGCAUUUCGUGGAUCCUGAUAUAUGCAACAUUCUUCUAAGCGAAGGGAUUCCCAGGUCAUUAUUCUGA